CGUGACACAACAUACUCCUACCGGUCGGAUUUCCGCCAUCGGAGUAGACAGUGAAACAUAAAUCCGGAUACAAUUCAUGAGAUCAAUGGGACCGCCGUGCUAUCUAUUCGUAGCGCCUUAGUUGUCGUUGCAAGUUCACAUCAAUUCGGUAGAAUAGGUUUCUACGCUUAACUUGUUUUUGCAGGAUUGAUGUGAAUAGUAUGGCUCAUAUGUAUGUGAUGCAUGUGUGUAAUAUUUGCAUGACCUGCGUGUCAUGAGUUUGUCAGCCAGGCUGGAGCCAAGGUGCUGCCUUUAUAAUUGUAUAACGACCUGCGUGUCGGCAUUUGAUGUCAUUCUCCAUGUAAAUUCUUUGCUAGAUACUAGGUGUAGUCAUUUAGUAUGAAUUGGAGGACGUGUGCACCAUGGCGGCUUGAUGAACAGGUUCCUGGAGAUGGAGAUCACCAUGAAGAACAGAGCCAUACUAUUUCACAUGUUAAUUUGAUUAUCUGUGAUGGUUAUUGCUUUGUUUACUCCUAUGCAUGUUAUUGUGUUAGAGUAGAAUGAUCCCUCAAAGAAUGUCAAGUUUAUUUACCUCCCCAAUAGCUGCAACACCACAAGACAAGUACAUUUGGUGAUGGGCUCAUGAAAUUGGGGUAUCACCAUUUUUCCUUGUCGUUGGUGAUGUUCGUGUCGGACACUUACAUGCGAAGCUUUGGUUAACUUGACGGGGCUAUCAAAACGGUUUUGGGCCUCGAGGUGAAAGGAGUCGGAGCCGGGGCAAGUGUUGCCUACCGACUAACAAGAGUCGUAUAGAGAUACGAUUGGCAAGAGUUGCCUACCGAGUGAUUCAAUCGGCUAGCAGUGAUGCUAAAGCUCACUAGACGAUUGGUUGAUCUUGGAUCUUGAAUCACUAAUGAUCAAUGGAGGGAUGUUGAUUUUAGUGGGAGUAUAUUUCUAUUAAAUUGUUUAAUAUGAAUUACUCUUCAUGAAUACUUGUCUUAGUGUUUUUGCAUUUUCUGUUGUAGAUCAAUGGCACCACCUCAAUUGUCCAGUUUUGCUUUGAGAUCUGUUCUUGAGAAAGAUAAACUAAAUGGAACUAACUUCACCAACUGGUAUCGGAACCUGAGAAUCGUUCUCAAGCACGAUAAGAAAGAACAUGUCAUAGAGAACCCACUUCCAGAGGAGCCGGCUGAUAAUGCCACUGCUGCUGUUAGAAACGCCUAUCAACGCUCAUGUGAUGAGUCGAUUGAGAUCAGCUAUCUGAUGCUUGCCUAUAUGGAGCCCGAACUGCAGCAGCAGUUUGAGAAUGUUGAGGCUUUCGAUAUGAUCGAGACUCUCAAAGGCAUGUUUCAGACUCAGGCUAGGACCGAAAGAUUUAAUGUCUGGAGGUCCUUCCUGGAGACUAAGCUGAAAGAAGGCGAACCCUUGAGCCCACAUGUAAUCAAGUUGGUUGGUUACACGCAAAGCUUGGAGAAGCUGGGUUUUCCGCUGAGCCAAGAGUUGGCCACGGAUACAAUUCUGGCAUCUCUUCCGCCAAGCUAUGCGCAGUUCGUUCAGAACUACCAUAUGCAUGGUAUGGAAAAGAAAGUCACUGAAUUGCAUGGGAUGCUUAAAACAGCAGAGGAGGAUAUCAAGAAAAAUACCAAGCAAGUGUUGCUGGUACAGGGAAAGCCAAAGUUCAAGAAGAAUUCUUGGGCUAAGAAGAAGGCAAAGAAGGGAAAGGCUAAGGAUGUGAUCCCGACCCCUGCCCCUGCUGCGCCUAAGGCUGGACCGGACUCAGAGACCGUAUUCUUUUUCUGCAAAGGCACCGGUCAUUGGAAGAGGAACUGCAGCAAGUACCAGGCCCACGUGGCAAAGAAGGGUGGAAGUGUGACUUCUACUUCAGGGGUUGGCAAGGACUAGGAGCGUCGCAAGUGGAGAGGUUGACAUAAGGGUUGGAAAUAAAGCAAGAGUUGCAGCGUUGGCCGCCGGGA